AUGGUCCACGAGCGAAGAAUUAGCAACGGCGAGUCUCCGCACUCGCCGUUAUCGCCAUAUGAUUCCUCGCAAAGCUACAAUGGCGGCGACCUCACCAUGCAAGAUAUGGACCCAACACUAAACUCGCCGCCGAUAUCUUCUCCCGGGACUAUCUUCUCCAACCGGAACGGAGCAUACACAUCCCUUAACACACCUGUUUCGCCCUUAGACAAUCGUAAUGACUCACGAGCAUCCAUGGAGCAAUCUUUGAUUGGUGAUCAGCAACAUCAUCACCACAGUCAACAUGUCAAGCGUUUCGACCACAACGAGUCACGGAAGACAAUCCUCAAAAUAGGAUCUCAAAAAUUCUUGAUCACGCUUGUCUUCAGCGUGGCAAUGUGCCUCUGCCUCAGGGCUUGGGAAGGAUUUAACCAGCCAGUGGUUCUGUCGAAGACGGACAUCCGAUAUUUCAAUGCCAUCACCAUAGGGCUGUCCCUUUGCUUGGGUCUGAACCUCCUUUCCUCACUCAAGCAAUACGCGAAUACUCUCCGCUGGUCGUUCUUGGCUCGACGGUAUGUCAGCCUGGAGGUCUUCGAACUCAUUCUGGGAUUGGGAUCUCUAUCUCAUGUUUCGAAGUUGUUGGUUAUAUCUCUACCAGGAAUCCGGCGGCGCAAAUGGGUGCAGAAACUUGGGUUUUUUAAAGACGUACGAGAAGAUGGUACCAAGUGGACAUGGCUCGUCUGCACACUCUGGAUCUGUAUCAACGUUGGUUCUCAAAUCUUGGUCGCCUUAUUGAGUUUGUUCUGGCCCAUGGACACGUCAGAUAUUCCCCUCUUUACCUACGGCAACGUGACAGUGGCAGAUCUUACUCUAUGGCACAGUGAGGCAGCAGAUAACGGUAAUUACACAGGUAUGGCCGCUGCUUGGAUGUACGGCAUGGAAGCUCAAGUUUAUCCCGAGUUCAUGAACAACGACACACAGACCGAUCUUUCAUCACUGCCAGGCACACCAUUGUACCAAGGGUAUCAGAACAAAAGUUCCUACGAGUACCGCUUCUACAAUCGCAACCCAAAUCAUCAAUAUACGAAUUAUCUCAUGAGCCAACGUAAUAUCUCAGCAUCAGCAAGUUGCGAGAAGCUUGAGACACGCGGCAACGUCAGCAGCGGUGGCGAUGAAAUUACUAUCGAAUGGAAGCCGCCAGGACAAGAAAAAUGGGCCAACUACACGUUUCCGCAGUACGGCGAGGGAAGCGUCACAUGGAUCGCAUCCGUGAACGAACACUGUGGCCCUCGAUGCACAAACUUCACUGUCCUACAAGCUGCUGAUCACACCACAAUCAUGAAUUCAUACCUGUAUUUCUGCAACAGUACGCUCUCCGAAAUUAUCACCAUGGACGGCAAAAACGACAUUACCAUUCGCUCUCAAGAAGACAGCAAACAUGUCUUCGGGACCAACAACUUCGCGCGCAUCGCAGCCGGCGCGAUAAGUUGGACAGGAGGCGACUGGAAUGGCUGGGAUACGGAGCAAUUUCGCACGCACGCCCAAGGGUCUAUGUGGUCACCUAUUCACGACGUUAACACAACGGAGGAAGUUGAGAGCCUACUUAGCCGAUUCACCAUCGGCGCUGUUGCGGCGUUCGACGACCACGGUAUUCGCUACACAGUCUCAAACCAGAACGUCUGCCCAACUGCAGGCCAGCAACUGGAUGUCGACUGGCCAUACGUGAUCGCCAUUCUCGGCGGUAUCUUAUUUAUACAGUUUGCAGCGCUGUGCGCCCUAGUGAUCUGGGCGAACAAGACGAUUUUGAGGGACGAGAGCUUCUUUAGCAUGGCCAUGCUGUUGAGUCCUGUCGUUGCGCGGAUUGGGAAGGCUGGGAUGAAUUUGAGUGGCGAAGAGAUUAAGAAUCAUCCGAAGCUGAAGUGGAAGAAGAUCCGGUAUGAUUACAGGGAAGGUGAACAUGGGGAGCCAAAUCAGGUGGACCUUUUCUUUGAAGGAAAGGACGAGAAGGAGGGGAGGAAAAGUUGGGCGCCGGGGGUGUAUAGUUGA